AUGGCAUUACAUGAGAACCCCGAAACUCCUGCGGAAACUCUCCCCAGACGACCUCAACAACAAUCCAUUGAUCUCAAAAAGCCCGACGUCACCCGAGCACACUGGGAAGCGCCUACCACCGCGGUACGCGACAUGUUCAGUGGCUUUGAGGACAAUAUUUUGGCAGACUGCGACGACAUGGACAAGAUCUUAAAAACCGCUUAG